AUGUGUGAGACAAGGAAUGAAUCAUACUCCAAAAGGGUAUCUGUGGAGGUAUCAGCGGAUUCACACCAGCCGUCGUUGAUACAGGACACCAGUGAAGGAUGUUUUCAUGAUAUAAGUUUGUCCGUAAGUGGACCAAUAUGCCGCAUAUGUCAUUGCAGUAGCGAAGAAGAAGAGUUAAUUCAGCCAUGUCGUUGUAGUGGUUCCGUUGGUUACACUCAUGAAUCUUGCAUUCGAAAAUGGAUCGUUGGCUCGACUAAUUGUGCUUGUGAAUUAUGUAAAUAUAAAUUCAAGACCGAAACAAAACGUAUUGCGGAUAUUCGCAAGGUAACAUCAUGGAUAAUAAAAUAAAUGGAUAGGAAACUAGCUGACGCGACCUAAUGUUUUUACUGGGAUUGAUGGCGUGGUUGGAUGCCUCAACCUAGUUGAAAAUCAAAUUCUCAGUAACGGCAUGUUUAGCAAUCACAGCUAAACAUUUUAGUCAAAGAGCAAAUAAAUGUAACCAUGCCAUUCUACGAUGAAAACUCUAAGUAUUCCCAGUCAAUUUUAGCAAAUAUUUCAAGCACUAAAUAGUGAAAAAUACAUCGCAAAUUUCGUUAAGAUUUGUGACGCCAAUUUCGUAGCUACAAAUGUAAAAAAAUACAAAACAAAGACGAAAAACAUUUACCUUGAAUAUUUUGUCGUGGCUUAGGCAUGUUUUUAAAACAAUUAGACCAGUUUAUGCUUCAAGAUCACCCUUUAAAGUGGAAAAUAUAGCAAAACAACAAAUAUGCCGAGAACUUUGGUAACAUUCGCAAUACGCGUGACGUCACAUUUUUCAACAAGGAUGCAGUCAAUGACGUCAGAAGUUUCCUAUCCAGUUAUUUUACAAUCCAUGGUAACAUAAUGGUGAUCUUUGAUUUUUGGUCAUAUGCAUUUGCAAUUUUGCAUAAUUAUUUUGAUGUCAUUAAGACGGUAAAUCAAAAUUUUUAUGCACUGUAUUUCACGGGUCGAAUGAAUAGCAACCACCACGCCAUUCCUGCGAAUGUCCCUAUUCGAAUUCCAAGUGAUCUCGUGUUCGUAUUUUAGCCAAUCAGCGCUCAGAAAGGGUUGUCCGAAUAGAAAUCCAUUUUGAUGUAUUCAGUCAAUUAUAUCUUUCGUUAUUCUUUCUGAAACUAGUUGAAAUUUUGUAAUUAUGUUUGGUUAUGAGAACUAUAGCUCUGACAAAAAUAUGGAAUCGAAAUAAAGUAUAUUACGGGAGAUAUUCAGUUGUUUUAAUCACAAAAUGGAUUUCUAUUUGACAACUAGUGCCAGUACUUUUCUGAAGUGCUAAAAUGAAGAGAUUUUAGAUGAUUAGAAGAGAAAAUGAUGAUUGAUGUCUGAAGUUCAGUAAGUUUUGCUUAUAUGGCUGUAUAAAAUACGGCGUCAAUUUUAAAGCAUCAUUGAUAAUUGUAUUUGAAUUGACAAUUUUUAACUAUUAUUUUAUGUUUCUCAACCGCCAGAUGCAUUUAAAAAGGUUGCUAACUUUAUAAACUAGAGAAUAAAGCCAAAACAAAGUAAUUUUGAGAGGAACGCCAAAGAUUUUAGGUUUUGAACACUUUUCAUUGCAAAUACGUGACAAUGAAAAAAAUUGCCUCUUAAAAUGAGUUUGAGAUUGUUAUUUCUCAAAUUAAUUAAUAAUUUAUGAGCAAUUCGACCAAUGAUAAUCACCUAUUUGAUCACAAGAUGCCAUUUGGAUAACCCGGUAAAACUUGAUGAAAGUCACUAGUGUUUUCAUCAAAUAUCUUAAUUACGCAUGCAAAAUUACUUGAAUAGAAUUCCUAAUUACGUUAUGCUUGGUUAAGAAUUCUAUUCAAAUCAGCAAACGAAAUCAUUCUGUUAGUCUAGAUUCAUUUGGGAAGCCAUAUAAACAACUCGAGCCCGUGUCUCACCGUGAUAUCCAAACACACGAAAACAAUGUAUGAGAACACUCGCGCUUAAUUCGCGCUCGUGUUUUCAUACAUCGUUUUCUCGUGUUUGGAUAUCCCGGUGAAACAGUCGCUCCCGUUGUUCAUAUAUUACUUCAAGCUCUGUAUAGUGCGAUACUAUAGGGGACAACCGUUGGAAAAGUGACUAGGGAGAGGAAUGGAAUUUUCAGCGUGCAUGAAUUUUUUCGGCCGUCUGCUUGUGAUGGAAUUUUUUCGCGGAAUUUUAUUUCUGGUAUUGUUUACUUUCCUCUUUGCACGAAUUUUUUCCUUUUACUUUCCUUUGCGCGAAUUACGCCUGUAUUCUAAAAGCUCAUUCACGCUCACACUCCAAAAGUGGAGAUUCAAUCUCAGCUUCCCUUGAGUGUCAAUGCUGUUUUUGAAUAGCUGGAGGACGAGUAGUCACAGUAUUGGUGAGCUUUUAGAAUACAAGCAUUAGUUUUCCGUUCUCCCCCAUUUUCUCCACUUUUCUGAUGGUCCGCCCUUAACUGUUUUCUAAUUUCGCUGGUGCUCAGGUUCAGUAUACCAGUAGCCACUAUCAGUGGAAUGAAAUAUAUGUGAUCUACUGUACAACGUGUUUGACUCUUUUUAAUGUUUUCAGUUAAGAUUUCCGCGACCAAGUUUCAAAGGAUGGCUUCAUGUACUUCUCUUUCUGGCAUUCUUCAGUAUUAUGGUAACGUCACUGACCUGGAUUAUGUGGUCGCAGUUCAGUAGUUCCCAAGCAGCCCAGUCAGAACGGGAGAGCAAAGAGGUUACAUAUGCUUAUGCCAUCAAUGGUGGCUUUAUCAUUAUGGCUCUUAUUGGCCUAUACCUGGAUAGCUUCGGGCAAUGUCGCAUAUACCACAGAAGAUGGUCUUUAUUAAAUCAAGAAUUAAUUAUCUUUCCUUAUGAUAUGAAUAAAGACGUUGAUUAUUGUAAUAAAAUGGCUGAUUCGCUUUUACCUGCGCACGAAAACGACGUCAAUACGAGUCCAACAUUCUAUGUAAGUGAAGCUUUUACAGCUAGUACACCUAACAUGUCAGCCAAUAAGAAUGAGAGUAUAGAAGCACAUGACACAACAAGUUCAUUCUCCUAUAAAAACGACGGAUUCACGCACGACAUAGGCCUACAAAAAUUUGAAAUUCCCAUGGAUUUAGAAGUCACAAGCCACAGACACCAGUGGCCGGCAAUGGGUGCUUCGCACGUUGUACCUACCAGUUCCAUUAUCGAACAACCUACUUUACACCAGUCCAUUAGUGUACCUGCUAACCUUCGAAACAUUCUUGUGUUAAAAGAAACAUACGUCUAA